AUGUUCAUCCGCAAAAGACCGACGUCUUUCACUGCUCUGUUGAUGUACGUUGAUGACAUCUUAAUUGCCUCUAACAAUGAUGAAGCUUUGAAUGAUUUGAAGAAUGCUUUGCAUAAGGCUUUUGAGAUCAAAGACAUGGGCACUCUGCGGUUCUUUUUGGGUUUGGAGAUAGCUCGCAAUGCUAGUGGUAUUUCCAUCUGUCAGAGGAAGUAUGCUUUGGAUAUAUUAUCCUCUACAUGCGUGCUAGCUUGCAAACCAGUCUCUGUUCCGAUGGAUCCAACGGUUCAUCUCAGUAAGGAAACUGAUACUCUUUUAUCUUGUGCGAAACCAUAUCGGGAAUUGAUUGGUCGGCUCUUGUACGUCACAAUCACAAGACCUAAUAUCACAUUUGCUGUGAACUAUCUCAGUCAGUUCCUCUCCUGUCCCACUGAUACUCAUCUUCAAGCAGCACAUCACAUCCUGCGUUACUUGAAGUCUAAUCCGGGACAUGGCUUAUUCUACAAUGUGGAUUCAGAGAUAUGCUUGAACGCCUUUGCUGACGCAGAUUGGAUGACUUGUCCAGAUUCUCGACGUUCUAUUACUGGUUUUUGCGUGUACCUUGGCAAGUCCUUGGUGAAUUGGAAGUCGAAGAAACAACAGACUGUUAGUCGUAGCAGUACUGAAAAGGAGUAUCGCAUCAUGGCCUUAGCUACGUGUGAGCUCUUAUGGUUACAUCAGUUACUCAAGGACUUGAAGGUGACUGUAUGUACGUCGGCAAAGCUCUUCUGUUAUAACAAAUCCGCCAUUCACAUCGCCACCAAACCCCGUGUUUCAUGA